GACCUAGCAAUUUGCGACGGCCAAGUACUCCGUAACCAUCCUCGGCAGUCAUAUCGUGAGCAAGUCGAAGCUUCCCGACUUAUACUAAGCCAAUUAGUUUUCUCGUUACAGCGAAUCAAGCCUAGAGGGACUAUUGUCAUACUCCUCCACAAGUUGGAUAGUUGGGAUAACCUUGAACUACUUUAUACGUUUAGCAAGUUUGCCCAAAUCUAA